ACAGAAAAUGCUCUCACAGUCUACGCUUAGAAUUGCAUGUGGAAGUUUAUUGAAUAAAAUGUUCCAGCAAGAAAUUCAAGUCAAUUAAUUUGAAAUCGAUUACAAUUUUAGAGGGACUUGAUUAUAUAAUUAUCAAUCCUCUCUUUUGCUGAUUUAUUUGGUAAGUAAAAUCUUUAAUAAUGGAUUAAUGGGCGUAAUCGUCGACGCUAUGAUAAUUCGAUUAUAGACCUUAAAACGUUCCACGUGGUAAAACCUCAAUUUAUAAUCUUUCAAUAAAUGUGUUAUGUGUCAACUGACAAAAUCUUGAACAUGGACUACCAUAAUGUACAAUUUCUGAAAAAAUGGAGCUAGGGCUGAUAUUGUCUCAAGCAGGUUCUAGCAAGUUUUUGUUGGAUUACUGCAUAUUUUAUAUAUAAAAAGAAGUGGAUCUGGAUAAUCUUUUCUGAUUUAUGAUUAUAGCUUCAAAUCCAUGCUUUAUCGUCUUUUAAAUUUCUAACCGAUUUUGUUGGAAUUUAUAAAUUAUUAUAGUAUUCGAUUACAGCCAUCGAUCUUCAUUGAUGGAGCUUCACCGUUCCUUGUUUUAUUCUUUAGGCUUUGGUCAUAAUAUAUAGUUAGCGAUAUAUUACACAUUAAUAGAUACUUUAUGUAUCAGGACAACACGAACUCAUGUACUGCGAUAAAACGUAAAUACAUCAGCCUCAGACUAAUUAAUAUAUGCCACUGGAAAUAUUACCAAUUUAAUUUAAUCGAUUUGUUACAGUCUAUAUAAAAUAUUUUUUAAUACUACAUAUAGUGGUGACAGAUUUUCCCCAUCCUUAUUAUCAUUUUAUCCGCCUAUUUCCAAAGUCUAACUUAUUCAACACAGUUGUAUACUAGAAUCGAUACGGGAAUUAUCUAUCAAAUCUAUAAUAUUAUAUGAAUAACAUUGUAUUGAUGACCAUGAAGUAUAAUUCAUUUAAUUCAAGUGGCCUUAUCCAUUGAGCUGCCUAUUUGUAUUUUCGCUACAAAAGUCUGCCUUAGACGAUGUUAGACAAAGAUUUCCAGACCAUUCUGAAUUCACUGCUUCAAAAGGAUAUAUUUGGGCUAAAACCCUGGAACUAUCAGGGUCGUUUUUCAACAAAACUCUACCAAGAUAUGAACGCAGUCGAUUCUCAACAACAGCAUCAAGAUUUAAUAAAAAUUGAAGAGUUUGAUCCGAUAUUCUCAAACGUAAACGUUGCGCAAUCGGAUUUGGAUAAACCUUCCCAAGAUUUAAGAAACGAGGGCCACGACUAUUGUAUUAGGCCAACAAGCUUGGACAAAGAGUGUGACUUGAUGCCAAUUGCACCGGAAACUGACGGACAGAAACGACUCUGUCUAGUGUGUGGCGAUGUCGCUAGUGGUUAUCAUUAUGGAGUCGCUAGCUGCGAAGCCUGUAAGGCGUUCUUUAAGAGAACCAUUCAGGGUGAGUUACUUUAGUGUUUUGUCGCAAGUACAACUACGUAAUAAGUAGGAGACUAUUAUUAAAAUAGAGGGGACGUGGUAAAAUUGAGAAUAUGGAUUAAAUGUUGAUCUUAUACUUUUUAAGGCCAUAUCCUUUUCAAUAUUCAAAAAAUUGCACUUCAAUAUAUCUUUUAAAUUUCUUUGCUUAUGUAUACUUCUAAGAACCAUAUUGAGAUUUGAGUACUUGUCUAAAAUUUCACCAAAUAUUAAUAAUUUUUUGAAAAUUGAGGAUUUAAAGCUUUUUGAACAAUUAAAAUUAUUCAAGAGGAAUUUAAUCAAAUCAAGAACGAUAAGA